GAAAGGGUGCAUCUUGUAGUUUUACUGCAAAGGCAGGGUCAAAGUGAUCACCUCCUUAGUUCACUUAGGACGAUGAGAAAAAGAAGGGUGAAGAUAGCAAAGCUUGCAAGAGUCGGUGUGGGAUAGGACAGCUCCCUGAAAACUCCAUUUUCUUUGCCCCUCUUCUCCCUCCCCUCCUCUCUCUCUCUCUCUCUCUCUCUCUCUCUCUAUCCAUCUCUCUCUGGAGUUGCUGGUGCAGGCCUGCUUUUGGUGGAGAACCUGAUGCCUUGGAUGGGCAUCAAAUCAGGUGAGGAGAGGAAGAAGGUUAGCUCUUCUUCUGUGGGGACUUGGUGUUCUAUUUGUUUCUUUUGAGGGGUUGCUUGGGAGUUAAUAUCCUUUGUUAUGCUGGAGGCUAAGCAUAAGAGAAAGCCCAGUAGCAGCACAACGCUUGGGCUUGUACUGUUGGAAGAUCUAGGGAUAACUGACAAGGCCUUCCUCAGAUGUUAUCGAUUGAUAACCCUUCAGAUCCUUCAUGUUCCUCCAAUCUUUCAGCACUGAACUCUCAUGAGGGGGCUUCUGAAAAGCUUGACAGCCAGGAGGCAAAAACAGUAGUCCUCCAAGAUAAUCCAACCUCCAAUUUCUCUAUUAGAGAUUAUGUUCUUGCAUCAAGGAACAAGGGCAUCGAGUCAAGUUGGCCCUUUCCGCAGCAGUUCCUGCAACUCUGCGUGAAACAUGGUUCCAAACCUAUAUUGCCACCUUUCGAACCUCCUCAUUUGGUGAGAACCCAGUGCGUAAGCAAGCCGGCAGAACCUCAGCCAGUUGCAUGCUCAGAACCUGACAGUAUCUUAGCAGAUGAUGUUUUGCUUGAGCCUUUAUGUGUUAGUCCCUUCGGUAGGAAGCCUGCUAGUGUCAGAUCAAAGUUACACUUGCCACUAAAGGAGAUCAUUCCAAACUCUUCAGACCCAGCAGUAUCAUCUGAGGUUGGGAACACUACAGUGAAUGAAAGAACAAAAUUGGAUGAACUGAUCCAUCUUGAUGCAAAAAACACCUUGACGGUGAGAACUCAUCAUCCAACUGAAGAAACUACUAACAGGAUUUCUGAAGAUACUGUCCUGGUGGCAGAAAGUGGAAGUGCUUCUGAAAUACCAUCGGAAUUAUGUGCUCCUGAACCUAGCCAAAAUUCUGACAAGUUAUGCAAGCCUUUGGAAAAGAAGUGCAGGUUGAAAAUUAAAUUGGGUGCCAUUUCGAAGACCAGCCAGCUGGACAACAUAGCAUCUUAUAUCAAAGUUUCAGAUCCUAUGGCUUCAAAAGUUUGCCCAGUUUGUAAGAUAUUUUCUUCUACUUCCAACACCACUUUGAAUGCUCACAUGGAUCAGUGUCUCUUCGUGGAGUCUAAUACAAAAAAUAUUUUGGGUGAACUCCCAAAAUUUAAAGUCAAACAAAGGAAGAAGAGGUUGAUGGUAGAUAUUUACACGACAGCUCCCUGUUGCACUCUCGAAGACCUUGAUAGGAGGAAUGGUACAAACUGGGCAGUGGAACUCGCUUUGCUGGCUGCACCAACUACUGAUGUUGGUAAUGGGACCAAGAGAGCCAAGUUGUCAACAAUGGAAUCUAUAGAUGACGGGAAUGAAUCUGCAGUUUAUGUUGAUUCAAGUGGCAUGAAAGUAAGGAUUCUAUCGAAGUUUCAUGAUGCACCAUUGGAGAACAACCUUAAGUUGAGGAAGCAUGCAAGAGACGUGAAGGCACUCAAAAGUGUUUUGAAUGGGAAGAAAAAGAAUUUCAAAUCAAAAUACUCCAAGAGUAUGGAAGUGAAGACACAGAAAAGUAAAAUGUCAUUCAAGUUUAUAGCCACACCUGAAGGAGAUCAUAGGUCAGCCGAUCAACAGCAUAGUGAAACUCAGACAUAUAAAUCAUACUCAGAAAACCAAGUCAAGAACACUGCUGCAACUUCAAGGCAAUGGGUGCACACUAUACAGCCAGAUCUUGAAAAAGGUCUCAUCAAUAAAGGCAGGAAUAUCAGCUUGGAGAGGACUGUCUCUGUAAAUAGGACCAUACUUGCAGAGAAUAGCCAAUCAGAUCCAUGCAACUCUUCUGCUGUAGAUUGUCACCAGAAUAAUUUCUCUAGGUCAUCUGAAGUCGAUACUGGUUCCCCAAAAAUGAAGAGAAUUGAUUGUCUGUAUAAUGACUUCGACCGCAUGAAUGAUGUGAAGGUUAAGUCUUCAGAACCACUUGCUUCCAGUUCCAGACAUUCCUCAAAAGGUACCAAAGCUCUCCUCAAAUUGUCAAAGUCAGUUGAUAAUUGCCAAUCUCUGAAAACCAAGUCAGUGGAGGAUGACUCGAGCGUGCAAACUAAGUACAAUAAGUUUUCUAAUUUGGCAAUGAGACCACUGGAAUGCUCCCCUUCCAUGUUGAAUGAAGCUACUGUCACUUCAAAGAAGAACAUUUUAGUAAAGAGAUCAUACUUCCAUUUGGAAGGAAGGAGAGGUGAAGCAAUUCAGAGACCCUCUAUGUUCCUCAAGUUUCGUAAGCACAGAUCCAUUUUGAGAACUGGUAAGAGAGGACCAUCAUAUUUGCCACCCAUGAAUGGAGUGCAUGGACCUACCAGAAGUUUUGGUCUUAAUAUUACAAGGAAAAACAGAACAUUAUGCACUCGUCAGUCUGGUCUGUCAAGUAAGUUCAUAAGGUCUGAAUCAAAAGUCAUGAACCAAGGGUCUCCAAGCCAAAGCAAUAUCCCAGAAUAUGAGAAACAGGAAUCCCCAGACACGUUGGAAGAGCAGAAACACAAUAGAUUGAAUGUGCUGGCACUGAGACCUGGAUGCCAUGAUCCUCAAAUUGAAGAUUCAGAUAUGCAAAUAGAAGUUCCAGAUUCUGAAGCUGCAGAAAAAGUUGUUGCUGAUGACUUUGUGAACGCAGAUAGCCUAACUUUCAGCACCCAAUCAUACUCUUGCCCAUGUGCAGAUGAUGUACAGUCUAUUUCUGGAAAUGAAGUCCAUGUAGUACAACACUUUAAACAAAGAUCUGAUCAGCAAGAAACCGUUUGCGAUGAUGUAUCUUGUAAUGAAAUUGACCACCAAGAUAUUCAAAUAGUUGAAGCUGCAGAUAGAGGUGUGGAAGACUCUUGUGCGGUUCAACCUACAGAUUGUCAGGCUGAAAUCACGUCCGUUCAAGAUUCUAGUGGUUGUUUAAGUACUCACCGGGAUGUGGAGCUUGAAGUACCUCGUAAAAGCCCAUCAGUAACCUCAUUCGUAGUGACAGCAGAUCAUGAUUUGUCUGGUGACAGUGGACCAUCUGGAUCACCACUUUCUACUGGAUCAACCAUAUCCCUAACAUCUUCAGAAGACUCCAGACUUAAAGACUCAGCGGAAGAACCCUCACUGAGAGCCAUUGCUGUUCAAGAUAGAUUGUGCUUAGCCUCACAAACUGCUGGAAGCAUCAGAGCAGCUGAACAAAGAAUGUCUAGUGGGAGGAAUGAAGAGCUUAAGGAAGAUCUUCCAUCAAAAGUACCUGGGGUUGGACAGCCUUUCUGCUGUUCAUGUUGGGAGAGCAUCUCAAAAGAUUCACAAUUAUCGAGGCAAAAUGGAACUUCCAGGAAAUCCAAGGCAAGUCAGAUCUCCAAUCUGUUCAUCGGACCAAGUAUCUCUUCCUCUUUUGGUACAUAUCCAAAUUGGAGAACUGUUCUUCCAGCCAACCCCGGAUUGGAAUCAUCUGAUCUGUCCAUUUCCAUGAACAAUUCACUGGAUUCUGCUGCAAAGUAUCCAACCUGCAUUGAUUUAGGUUCUCCAAGCCCAUCACCUCAGUCUCAGAACAAGUCCACUUCCAAUCCUGUACUGCGGUUGAUGGGUAAAAACCUAACGGUUGUGACCAGUGAGCAGCUUGUGCAACCUCAAAUUACUGCUUUAGACUUUACACCGAAUAUGAAUUCUGUGUCUCCUGGAUUUUCUUCGACCAACAACCUCUUGAAGAAAGAGGGUUCUGCACAGCACUAUGAUCAGCUAUGGUUCGGGUCUCCAGCCAUUGGCCAAGCUCUAUCAACUGGUGAUCACCAAAUGCUUCCACAUUUGUCUAUUGUGGAAAUGGGCGGUAUUGCAAGGUCCCCAUUUUAUAGUUGGACAACAAAAACAGACCAACAGACUUGGCAGGCGAAACCUACCGAAAGGCCAAACUUCUCUCAAGCUUUAAUGGAUGCAAGUAUUGUCACUGAUGACCCUCACUUCGGACAGGAGAAUGAACUCAAAGGCUUGGUUGCGGGUACAGCAAACUCUUUACUGCUUGCAUCUGGUCCAAGUCCUUCGCUUCAGAGAUCUUUCUCUUACUUUUCAUCAGAAAGCCAAACUAGGAAUAUCUCAGGAGGACCAGGGUCCUUGUUCCCUAAUUGUUUGCACCAAAAGGAUGAUGCCAGUCUCUUGAAUCAAAGAAUCAAUUCAGAAGGUCAGGGGCACCUUCUACUUGGCCCUUCUAUUUUCCAGUCACCUACAUCAGGUCAAAUGGCCCCAACAAUGUAUUAUCCUCCGCUCCUGCGAUGAUCCUGAUCGUGUAAAAAUGCCUGUAUAACAGCUUAACAUCAAGGUUCAGGUAGCAGCUACAUUCAUCGCCAGCUCACAUUCCUGAAACCAAACAUGUUCACAGAUAGCUACCAAAUACACCCAGAAACAAUUGAGCAACUUCAUCUUUCGAUAUGGUUCUUUAGCGGUGGGGAUGUAUCUGGUUGACAAUACAGGACGAUGCUGGCAAAGAUCUGACUGUCGAGUUUUUGCUAGGUAUGUAUUUAGUUUGAGACUCUGAAGGCAUCAUCAGCCAACAUAAAAGCUUUUGUAUUCCGGGAAGUCGUAACCUUUAGCUUUGAUCAAGAAAUAUGUAUAUUUGCAUGAUCCAUGCAUCUAACUAUAUCUUUUAACUGGCAAUAAUACUCCAACUAUCGCGUGUUUUUUAUCCUCCAA